AGAGUUCGAGUCGCGGCUCUGCCCCAUCCGGAUGCAACUGCCUCCUCUCCUGCGUUCCUUCUCAGCCUCGCGAAGUCUUCGGAGCCCCCAACCCCCCAACCACUGCUAUCCAAAUUUAUAAUCCUAAUAACCUGAUCUCCCGCUCCUCCCAGCCAGCCUCCGCCCUUGCUCCCCCACCCCUUCUCUUUCUCCCAUCUCCUCCGCCACUGCUGGAGGGAAACCCGGCACUAGCGAGCAGGGGUGUCAGCCUGGGGUGUCUGGGGAGAGCGAGGCGACGAUCCCUGGGAUUUUUUUUGUCUGCUUUCGGCGCAGCAAAGUCCGGGUGCUUCUACCGAGCGCAGAGCCGGUUGCAUCCCCAGGCAUCUCGUUCUUCAAAUAAACACCAACGGGGGAACUCAGACGGGCACCCCUCCUCUCCCCGGCUUCCCCGCCCCAUGUCCGCUGGGGAGGCUUCCUGGUGCGGAGGCGGCAGUCGCCGCGGCGGAGGCGAUCUGUGGGUGACCGUGUCUGCGAGAGACUUUGCCACACCAUUCUGCCGGAAUUUGGAGAGAAGGAACCAGCUGCUUCCAGUCCCCUCCCCCUCCGCCACCAUUUCGGACACCCCGCAGAGACUCGUUUUGAGAUACCCUGUGACUUCCAAGGAGGACGCGAGGUCUUCUGGCCCCCAGCUCGGGCGACCACCUGUCUCUGACGUGUUGACUCCUCUCCCAUGACCCUGCGGUGCCUGGAGCCCUCUGGGAAUGGCGCGGACAGGACGCGGAGCCAGUGGGGGACCGCGGGGUCUGCUGAGGAGCAGUCCCCGGAGGCGGCACGACUGGCCAAGGCCCUGCGCGAGCUCAGUCAAACAGGGAGGAAUGGACGCCAGAGACAAGCAGGUGCUCCGCUCGCUGCGCCUGGAGCUGGGUGCCGAGGUUUUGGUGGAAGGGCUGGUUCUGCAGUACCUCUACCAGGAGGGGAUUCUGACAGAAAACCACGUUCAAGAAAUCAAGGCUCAAACCACGGGACUCAGAAAAACAAUGCUGUUGUUGGAUAUCCUGCCUUCCAGGGGCCCCAAGGCAUUUGACACCUUCCUAGAUUCCCUGCAGGAAUUCCCCUGGGUGCGAGAGAAGCUGGAGAAGGCAAGAAAUGAAGCCGCGACUCAGCUGCCUGUCGCAGGUGACUGGACGGCGGGAAUCCCUUCACACAUCCUCAACAGCUCCCCGUCAGACCGGCAGAUCAACCAGCUGGCCCAGAAGCUAGGCCCGGAGUGGGAACCCAUGGUGCUGUCUCUGGGACUGUCCCAGACCGACAUCUACCGCUGCAAGGCCAACCACCCCCACAACGUGCAGUCGCAGGUGGUGGAGGCGUUUGUCCGCUGGCGCCAGCGCUACGGGAAGCAGGCCACCUUCCUAAGUUUGCACAAGGGCCUCCAGGCUGUGGAGGCCGACCCCUCGCUGCUCCAGCACAUGCUGGAGUGAUCCCUGCCCCUGCCACUUGCUGAGGCGUGGGCCCCCAAGUCACACAGGCUGAAUUGGACUUUCACCCAGCAGGUGGCUUCACUCUGGGUAAUUUUUUUUUCUUUUCAGUGAAUCUGCCGGCUCGAUAAUCCAAUGGCCUUAAUUGCUUGAAGAUUGCAUUGUUGUGACCGCAGUUUUGAACUGCGUGGUUGCCUUUUAACAGAGGUCCAGAAGAAAAACAAAACAAAACCGAAAAAGCCCCAUGCUACUGCAUUGUACGCAGGUGUCCUACAUACAAAGCAUCUGCUCUUACGUUGCCUGGAAACUGGACUGUGGACUUAGCUCUUCAUAAUGAUGAUGAUAAUAAAAACUGAAUUGUGUUAUAGAAUGUGCCUCUUUCAUGAGAAAGUAUACUCCCCCCCCCCAUUCUUCUGCUGCAUAGAUUGAGGGUGUAAAAUUGUGGGUGUGGAGUGAGUUUGAUAGCGACUGGGAAGUAGUGGGGAUAAGUAGCUCAGGCAGAAUGAAUGGA